AUGAGGGGUCUGAACUUGCAGAGGAUAACUUACGUCAAACUUGGUGGCAGGGACGUGCCUCCGCGAGAAGCCUGGAAGUGGCCCAGGCCGGGCAGGAGCCCCUCCCGGGGCCGUGGGGGGAAGGCCUUCGGGGGUUGCUUCCGGCACACAGCAGGAGCAGUGGGACCCGCCGCCCGUCCAGGGACGUCCCACCUGCGCUCCCAGCAGCUGUGUGACAGAACUUUAGGGAGACCGAAGGGCACUGCUCCCCGCGCCGCCCCCGCCGCCCGGAGCCCCGGAGUCGCGGCACCCCAGGGAUGUGAGUGUGCCCCCGACCCAAGGCCCGCGCUCCACGCCUAG